GUGGUGCUAUAUCACUCUUGCAGGCGGCCCUUCGUCAUUCGUCUACGCCUAUCUCGCCCUCCCGGCUCCGCCCUCUUCAGCUGGACCAAACCUUCUUGCACCCCAAGUUGCUUUGUUAGCUCUCUUGACCUUGGUUCUGAUCUUGUCAAAGCGUUGGCUGCUUCCUUCGUCGACUGCCCUUAACCGUCAUCUUCCAGCACGCUCUCAUUGCCUACCGACAGUGGAUGAUCAAGCGCUUAUUCGCUUCAGUAUUCGACUGAGAACCUCAGCUAAUCCAGCCUCAGCCUCUUUUGGCAUCCACCCUGUCAUCCUUCUGCCUUUUUUCUUUUAAACAUCCUUUCCACCUUUGUCGUCAAUCUCACACGCGUCCCAAACCCGGCAUCCGGCAUCUUCACGCGGCUCGUACUCACAACAACGGACGCUUCUAAGCUUGAAUAGCCUUCGCUCAAACGGCUCCGUUGCAUCUUCUAAGAGCCUUCGCUAGGUCCGCCCAUGGACCUGGAUCCCCUCUGCGUUUGCUUCCCAACAUCCGCUGCGUCAGAUCACCGAUUGGUCGAUGUAUCCCAGAGUUGGAUGUCUAAAGUCGUCUCUUACGUGAGUGAAUAGAUUUCGCAGCUUCGGAAACAAAUGCUUGGACUUCAAAAGCCAAGCGUUAGGUUAUGCUGUGACGUGGUCCGCAGGGCUGCUCUCUUUGCUGUCCCCAGUUCUUGCACUGAACUCGCUCGUUCACGGCUACGCUCCCAGCUUCCGAAUCUAGGCUGAGUGUUGGGCAGAAUUUAACCGCUUGCUCAACCACGGGCACAACUCCUUGUUGCAUGGUUUGAGGGAAUUUCAAAAAGAGGCACCCCUUAGGAAACCUCCAAGUCCGCAGCGUUCUAACCUGGUCGCUCCGUGGGCGCGUUUGCAAGGUAAGACCCCCAGGAUGAAAAAAAAAUAAAUCAUGACUCUACCUCGCAAAAGAAUCCAUCCGUCGAUUUAUGAAACGAUCAGCCUCGUUUCAUGCAAAUUCUGGGUGUUCAAACAUUUUAAAGGCUUCUCGAAGGCUUCCAUUGAGCUACAAGCCAGGCACUGUUAUACUUCUAUACAAUCCUGUCUGUGCCGUCAGGUCCCUUUAUGUCCUCGAGUUGCGACAGUCUCAUCUUGCGGACGAUCACGUAGUACUCCGGACUUUAUGCAACCGAAUACGAACUUUUUUUCAACACAAGGGUGUGGACUAAGAAGUAGCUCCAAGCGCUACUUUAUAGAUAAACUCGCAGCCUGGGCGUAUUAGCAGCAGACUACUGGCGCGGUCGGGCUACCGCAGGCCACUCCAGAGAAAACACUCAUGCUGAGCCUGAACGGCCUCGAGGCAACUUCGCACUCCCACCAAACAACAUCUUAUUGGUAAAGAAGUCUUACCCCUGCGUCCUAGGGCCGACUCUUUGAAGAGUCAGUGGUGAGGAGCAAGGCAAAUACCGCCCCACGUCCAUGUCGAGCUACGAGAAGCCGCAAGAAUCAUAUGUGUACGGCUAUAACUCCACAAGGUUGGGUCAAGAGCAGACUUACGCCGGCCCGACGCAACCUUCUUAUGGCUCGCAGUAUCCAAGUUCUCAGGUGGGCGAAUCCCAUGCACUUGUCUCAUCACACCAAAUGCCAUAUCUAGACCAGUCGUUCGAGCCGCGUGACACCAGUUUUCAGGCGAAUCCUGCAGCACUUAUUGCUGCAAGAACCCGUCCCUCGCCAGAAAUCACAUCAACAGGCCCGUAUACAGGCAGGCCAGGCGAAACUUUUUGCCUUAGCGUUCGCAGCAAGGUUGACUACACUACACGCAAUUAUUCGUUCACGAUCCUGUUCGGCAGCACAGCUGCAGCAGUCUCUUUGAUCAAAAACUUCUAUCGUGACCCGUAUCAUCACUAUACCCUUCAAACCACUGUACCACCAUAUCGACAUUCAGAUCCUACCCAACAAUCAGCUAUGCCGCUGCUGUUAGGCGUGCAGGACGAAAACGGGCAGAGUUUAGGCAUGAAGUCUCUGGAUACCUUCACUUAUCUCGAUAAUUCCCCCUUUUCGACCUACACUGCUCCGUUAGAAGUUCAUAAAAAGCGCAAGUAUGCAGAAGAUACAUCAGAAUACUCUCAGCUUCCAGCUAAGCGUUCUGCAAGUACUACGCUUCAACCUAGAUCGCAAGGUGCAUUCGCAGCGGUGCCUGAAGGAAAUGCAUUCACCUAUGAGUCUGGUGGGCUCUUCACAGUACCGGCAAUUUAUGAACGUUCGAUCUCACAGCAGCGUCCAUAUGCUACCUCAAUCACUCAGAGGCCAAGCUAUGCCUACCCAGGAAGCCCCCCAAGGCACAGCGGCAUCAAAGGCCGAUCUCCUAGUUUAGGAGCUUAUGGAGUCCAUUCUUCUACUUCUCGCCCAAGUCCUAGCCCCAGAAUGUCAGCAACGCCUCAGGAUAGCCGCUCUCAUGGAGAAGCCAACGCAACACCUCCCUCAAAUCCGCCUUUGAUCAGGACGUCAAUUUUGCAACCGCAGGCUACUUCCUCUUUCCGCACUCCGGGAUUCAAUCCCUACGCGAUAUAUCCUUCAGCGAAGGCAGAACUUGAUAUCCAGGGAGAACUUAUUUCGAUGGCCGACUUUCCUAGCUGGACAAAUGAAGAGAAGAAAGCCAAGAGACGCCUGGUAGAGUUUCAUAGACGUCAAGAAGACAGCAUUAUUCGCGCAUCCUUCAAACCGGUUACCGUCGAGGAACGCACACAGGGUGCGCACUGCGUAAGCUGCAUUUUCUGGGAAGAGAGAGGGGAAUGUUUUGUCACAAGCGUAGACGCCAUUCAGCUCCUAGAAGGAUUGGUAGGCGUCCGCUUUACGGUGGAAGAGAAAAACCGUAUCAGGCGAAAUUUGGAAGGCUUUAAGCCGCUCACCGUUUCGAAGCAGAAGGAGGACAGUGAGAGCUUCUUCCGGCUCAUCAUGGGCUUCCCAAAUCCAAAGCCCAGGAACAUCGAGAAGGACGUUAAAGUGUUCCCGUGGUCGAUUCUCAGUAGCGCUCUGAAGAAGAUCAUCGGAAAAUACUCUGCAAGCUAUGCGAGUACAAGUGCCAUUCUAACCCCUUCAACGACUGCUGGAUUCGCCGUGUCGAUCCCGGAAGCCGUCGAACAUGUUCCGAGCACCUCGCCACGAUCGACUACAAGUUCAAGCGCGUCGCAGAGUUACCAAGUCUCCACCAUCUUGUCAAGCAAUGUGUCCAGCAGAGCGGCCAUCGAUGUCACUUCAAGCCCAUACGAGCCAGUUAGGCAGACAUCCCAAGCCAUGACUGCUAUAGGUCACUGGGCCCCCCAAUAUCCGUCCUCUGCGAACACGGGGCAAUACACUAACGAGCCUGGAGCACUUUCUGGGCGAUCAUCAUGGGAUAUGUCUGAUUACGGAGAACAACAACAGCUUCCGAAUGCCCCUCCAUACCAAAUGCAUUAUUUUCAGGACAGUACACCUCCUGAGCAUGUUCAGCCUAGCCGGUAUCCCGCACAUAGUCAGGCGCACAGUUGAGGCCAAACGUUGACAAGGGUCACAUUUCUCGAGGCAAGCCAUUCCCUGCCAGCUGCUCAUGCGCCACCCUUGGGUCUUCCACACUCCUUCACCCACCACCCCCAUUUUAGGACUUCACUAAUAAUCUCACCUUGAAUAAUUUUGGGCUGCGCUGUCGUACAUAGUAGCACCUGUAUUUCGCCUCAUGCGACUCUAUAUCUCAGCAUAUACUUCUUUUCAAGCCUGGUUUGAACGUGCGGCACAUAGAACACAGCGCAAUCACUUGCGAGAGUCCUGGAGUACAGGAGUCACUGUCUGUAUACCCUGGCUUUGUUUCUUGCAUCACUAAUAGAUAAGUACGGUGGUAUUUCGGAUAUCCCCUGUUCUGUUUUUGUUUACCAAUCGUCUUUUUCCUUCAGCAGCUGCUUGUAUUACCACAUGAUACUUUGAGCGAUAGCGAUACACCUGGGUGGCGAUGUAUGACUUCAUCUUUGGCAUUUAUGAUCAUGGCAUGGGCGUCGUAUCAGAAGGUGAUAGGGAGGGACACGAUAUAUGGUGGGUCAGAUGGGGCGGAGACUCUAGGUCGUCCACUUUGGUUGGACACGAAAGCAUGGCUCGGUGCUGCGUGUACUCUUUUGGUGGAGAAUGGCGCGUCCUCAAUUUUCAUGUCAAUGUUAGCCAUGAGAACAUAUGAUUCUACGUGUCUAUGUCCAUA